AUGAAUACUAUACGUGAAAUUGAGCGUCUUAAUGAGAAAGAGCUUGGCAAAUCGUUAAGUGCAUCAUGGCACCAAGACUAUAAGGAUAGCGCUUACAUUUACAUUGGCAAUCUGGACAAGUCGUUAAACGAACAUGAUGUUGUGCGUAUUUUCUCCGAGUUUGGCACUCCUGUCGAUAUUCAUCUCGUCCGUGACAAGGAGACGAAAGAGUCGCGAGGCUUUGCGUUUCUAAAAUACGCAGACCAGCGAUCUACCAUCCUUGCCGUGGACAACAUGACGAACGUAAAACUUCAUGACCGGUUGGUCCGAGUUGACCAUGUUGCCAAUUAUCGGGUACCGGAAAACAUGGAACCCUUAGAAGGUGAUCCGUUGGGAUUGGCAAAGAGCGAAGGCCCGGAUGAAACACAAUCACCGAAGUCCUCAAAUCGGGGCGGCGAAAGGACCGCGAGAGACAAACCAGUGUCUGCAGAAGACUUUGAGAAAGAAAUGAUGGAUCCUAUGCACGAAUACCUAAAGUCUCGUUCGCAGGAGAAAGAGGGCGAGCGAGAAGAUCGAAAAAGGUCUCACCGUCAUCGACAUCAUCAUCGGACUGAAAGGACGCACAGACACGCUCGUUCUUCGGAAGCAGAGCGACAUUCGAGAGGUCAUGUAUCGCGUGAACAUAGCUCACGAAACCGUCCCCCAGCUGCCAACGAUUCUGUUUAA